GCAGAGCUGCCCCGCUCGAAACCGACGCAGUCGCGGUCGCAGUCGCAGCCGCAGUCGCGGCCCAUAAGGGAAGCGCUCCCGCGGCGUCGGAAGACGGAGAAGACGGAGCCGCUGGCAACUGCAGCGGUGCCGGAGAAAGCGGCGCAAGCGGUGCCGGAUGCUCCACGGAAGAGCAAGUGGGACGAUCGAGGCGAUGGGACUUUGGCGUCGACCACGCUUGCAGCGCCACCGGACUGGGUGCGAGACUUGGAGUCACUGCCGCAGCCGUCGCCACCUGCGCCCUUGGGGCCUCUAGUUUCCAGAGACAGCUUGCGGCGCAAGACCAUGCGCCUAAAGGCCGUGCAGAUCCGCGUUCUCCUGGGCAAGGGCGGGGAGACUAUUCGAAACAUCUGUGAACGGACCAAUGCAGAGAUCAAGGUGGACCAUGACCGGGUGGCCGAUGAAGGUGAUAUCAACAUCACCGGUGACGUCGUCCUCACAGAGCAAAUCAUCCGAGACACCUUGGCCGCCAAAGGCUGUCCGAUGGCGGAGGAUGAGGUGAGUUUGGAGGACGACUUGCUGAUCCCUGGAGACAUGGUAGGCCUCUUCAUCGGCCGUGGUGGCGAGCACAUCAAGGCCAUUCGAGAAGCCUGCGGCGGGAGCCUCUAUAUCGGCGUGAACGCCCCUCCCGAAGGCGGACCUCACAAGAUCCAAAUCGUGGGAGACCAACGGGAUGUUGCAAAGGAGUUGGUCCGCAAGCGUUUGAAGGAGGUCUGGGACGCAGAGGUCAAGAAGACCCAGCGCCAACACGAGGCCCUCGCCGUGGCUCCGCCCACACCGAUGGCGCCCACCACGCCGAAGGUGCCGCCCGCGAGCUGGUCGACUUGGCAGGAUGAUUGGACUGGCCCCUGGAGCUGGGGAGAUACCAAAGGCGCUGGCAAAGGCGCCUUCAACCACUGGAACCCGACUGGCCCCAUGGGUCGGCCCACGGGACCGCCCAUGGGACCGCCCAUGGGACCCCCCAUGGGACCCCCAAUGGGACCCCCAAUGGGACCUCCCAUGGGACCGAUAGGUCUGAUGGGCUGUGGUACCAUGGGACCCACUCCAAUGGCUGCUCCCGCUUCCAAUCCCAUGGGCGGCGCCAUGGGCAGCGCCGGCGGCGCGGGCGCCUGGCGGCCGGCGACACAUGUGGUGAAGCCCAGGCUCAUGGCGGAUGUGCCCAGAGCCUUCCAGGGCGCCAGCAGCGCGGGACCCGAUCCUGCCGUAGCAGCGGUGUGACAUGUGUGGUGUGUGUUCGCGUGUUCGACCGCGUGUCCUACAACAAUGUUGUCGACUUAAUUUCUGACGGUGUGUGAGUGCGAUCCCGAAAUUGCACAGAAAUCAUGCGAACAUUCGUGGGAUUAAAUACUUCAGCUUUGACGGGUCGGGAUGGAGGAUGAGAUGGGUCACGGGUGGUCACGGAAUCACCAAGAAAAGCUGUUGAAGGACGAACUGCUAAGGGCUUCGGGCCUCAGCUGCGUGUUUUGGUUUUUCAUUCCAGAGGAUUCUGUGGGUUUCAGGUGAUCUAAAUGGUGUGUUCUUAUUCUUUUGCGCACAAACUGAAUGUUCCGUUCUGAUGUGGCAAGUAGGAAACAAACAAAGUUGAUCAUUGAUCCAUAUCUAAUUGAGAACGGACUCUUCUUGUGGAGCUGGCUGUGUCAAGGAGGCUGUGCCCAGAUGGGAUCAAGAGAAUGACCUAAAGACGAGAUGACCAGGUUUGUUUGUGUGGCAAUUGGAACCAUUUGCAGCUUUGUUGAAGCAUGUUGAAGCUCCUUUUCGCUCUCCUCAAUUCUGGUAUUGUGCUCCUCUUCGCCGCCAAGAUCCCCCAGCCCUCUGAGGUUUGCCGCAGGCUGAUGCUGACUUGGAGCAGAGCUUUGAGGCAGAGGAGAACCCUUGGGCGGGCAUCGUGCCCGAGUGUGAGCUUCCAACUUGAACUCAAGUUCCACCACUUCGAUUUGCCAACAAAAGAAGCGACCAAAAAGCGAGCAUCGACUU